AUGCAGCGGUGGCUGGCAACGAAACCCAAGGGGUUUAUUGAUCCGUCGAAGCAGUACGAUACGUCGUUAGAGGAUCAGCUCUUAGCGGAGAUAGAACAAAAGGAGCAGCAGAGGGAGCAGGAGACAGCAGCGGGUGGAGGAAACAAGCCGGGAGGAAGCUCGGGAGUGAAGUUGGGGCAGAGGAAAGGGGCGAAACAAGGCAGCGGCAAUCAAGAAGGGGCGCCUCAAAAUCUGCUCUGGCUGCCCGGUGAAGCCUUCUGGUGGGUUACAUGGAUUAUCGAGUCAGGGUUUCGGGGUUACAUGGAUUAUCGUGUCAGGGUUUCGGGGUUACAUGGAUUAUGGUGUCAGGAUUCGGACCUUCCACUUUCAGCCAUAAAAGUUCGCGUGUCCGGGCUGCCCAAGAAGAAAAAGAUCGGCAGGGACUUACGGGCAGCGUGGAGCGGGCAGCCCGGGCUGCUGAAAAUAAUUCCCAUGGAGACCGGAACCUCUUCUAGCACGCGCGAUCCUGUGUGCACUGGAAGUGCUGUGGUGGCCUUCACAGAUAUGGCUGCAGCUCAGAGGUUCAUUCAGCACUACAAUCGCUCAGCCCCCAUCCGGUUCGGUCAGAAAGAGAAGGUAGUUGCUUGCAAGCUGAUCGGCGCCCCUGCUGCCGACUCUCCUCUGCUGCCAAGCGACCUUGCCAAGAGCAGAUCCGUUAAGGGCGGUUCUGCAGAAGAGAGAGGAAUACGAGAAGGGGAGGAUGGGACAAUGAGGAGGGAGGAGCGUCGGAAGGCAGGGGGCUCAGGGAUUAAGGGAGAUGCGAAAGCCAGUAGCAAUUAUGGGGAAGGGAGUAAGGAGGAGGAAGAGGAUGACGAUCAGGAGGCACGGAGAGCAGGGGAUAAGGGCGGUAAGAAGACGAGGGAGAAUGAGGUGCAGGGGGAUGCGGCUGCAGGAAAAAACAAUUUGCAGGAGAGAGAUUUGCAGGAGAGAAAUUUGCAGGAGAGAAAUUUGCAGGAGAAGAAAGAGGCAUGGCUGCAGAGGUUAAGGGAAGAUAAGGAGCUAAGGGCGCGAGUAGAGGAGAUUAAGAAGAAGGUUCUAAGGGAUAUGGCGGCAGGAGGGAGGGAAGAGGAGGUGGGGGUGGGAGGGGGUGCUGGUGGGAGUGGGAGGCUUAGGGUGAAGGAAAAGGGUGUGACUGUAUCGAGAUUGGGGAGGGGGAGCAGAAGUGAAGAGGAGGAAGAGGAGGAAGAGGAGGAAGAGGAGGAAGAGGAGGAAGAGGAGGAAGAGGAGGAAGAGGAGGAAGAGGAGGAAGAGGAGGAAGAGGAGGAAGAGGAGGAAGAGGAGGAAGAGGAGGAAGAGGAGGGAGAAUGGGAGGAAGAGGAAGAUGGGGAGGAAUGGGAAGAAGAGGAAGGAGGGGAAGAAGAGGAAGAGGAGGAGGAAGGAGGAGUGUUAAUGGGCGAAGUGGAGCAACCAAAAGGAGCAAAGCCACAAGGAGAGGAGGGAGGGCGAAAGAAGGGAGAGGGCAGAGCAGAGGAGGAUGAGCAGCGGAGGGCGGCUGAAGCACGCAUUGAGGCUCUUGAAGCGAAGCUGCUUAAAAUGAGUCAGACGGGAGGGGGGAGUGAGGGGGGGAGGAGUGAGGGAGGAGGGAAAGGAGGAGGGAAAGGAGGGAAGGGUAAGAGGACCAAGGAGGGAGGAAGGCGCAGGUAG